GUGCGAAAAAAUCAAGAAGAAUCCAAUGAAUGAAACGGCUGUUGACCUUUUCACUGUCAAGUCAAAUGCGAAAAUUUGACUAAUUUGGUGUAGUCUCUUUUUUAUACAAACUCAUUAAAAUUUGAUACCUACAUGUCGUGCUGUGAAUAAUAUGUGAUAAAACUAAGUGAAUGUGAAAGCUGUGACGUUCGAACUAGUUGCAACUCAUCAAACUUGUUUCUGCGCCUCCGAAGGGCGUUAUAGGUUUUUUUUUCUAUCAAUAAAGUUAUAUAUGGAUCACGAAGAGGAAUACCAUGAUCCCGACUACGCUGGCACAUCGGCGAACGCCAAAGAAGAGACCACGAGCCUCUCCGAAGAGGAAAAAGUGGAGAAAAUACGAGCUGUCAUUCGCCGGGAAUUCAAUAACGAGUUGGAAGUGAGAGAAAACGAGAUAAUGCUGAUUGACCAGCGGAUGUGCACGUCGCGCCGCAUCCUGCACCGGUUGCGGUACGUGCUGGUGGACAACUACUACCACGACCAGAAGCUGCGCCUCACCGCCGCCCAGGUGGAGGACGAGGUCGCCGCGCACCUCGACCCGCGCGCUCGAGCCGAGGCGUCAGCCGUGCUGCGAGAUGGCCAGAAGCGCCUACAUCCCUCCGUGAGGAAACUGCUCGGCAAGAAGACUGUGGACCUCGACGAGAUAUUUCGCACGAGAGGACCGAGAAACAAGACUAGGAAAAAUUAUUCGGCGAUGGUCCAGACCCGCAACUACACAAUAUCAGCCGACCGCUGCAAGUCCAUGCGGCCGGAGGAGCCGCCGGGGCCGGAGGCGGAGCCCGAGGCGGCGGCGGCGGGCAGCAGCCGCCCGCGCAAGCUGCCGCGACACAUCGAGCCCAAAGCGCAGAAUGUGUGCACCCUCGACGUGGCCACUAGGAAUAAGAUGAAACAUAGAUAUAGGAUUAUUAUUGGCAACACGUCGAAGUACGCGCCGCCGGCGUCGCGCGCGGACCGGGCGACGCACACGUGGCUGCUGUACGUGCGCGGCGCGCCGCCGCGGCCGCAGCUCGGCGCGCUGCUCACGGCCGUGCGCGUGCGCCUGCACCCGUCCUACGCGCCGCACCACACCGUCGUCGUGCAGUGAGUACGCCGCCGCCCGCUGCACGUGCCUACACGCGCCUACACGCGCCUACACGCGCCUACACGCGCCUACACGCGCCUACACUCACCACCACCACCCGCGCCUGUAUUAAUGCAAAUCAAAAUUGUUUACAUUUCAGGAGCGGAAACAAUAGUAGACGUGUGGCUGUACAGCUCACCGGAAAUGUUGCAGUACGAAUACAUAGAGGAAAGUACGGACCCGCCACCCGAAAUACCAGCUGAGCAGCCAGAGAUAAAGACUGAGGUCACAGAAGAGAAUACAGACUGGAUGAACUUCUUCAAUAAAGAGCCCACCGAGUUAGACGUCGACGCGAUGAUCAUUAAGCCUAAGAAAGAGAAAGAGACAGAAGAACCACCAGUAGAUGCUAAUAUGGAGCAACAAGAGUUGAUAGAUAAUGAUAAUAAACCGAACGAAUGCGAAGAAAACGAUUGGGGCACGAACUUGAAUUACAAAUCUAUAGAGGCGCCCACGGACAUACCAAACGAGAUCCUCAACCAACCGUCCUCGCUGAAGAAGAGAAUAAUGAAGUACAUAGACCCUACGACGGGGAAGAUCUACUAUUUAGAGGUCGACAGGACGCUAGAUUUAUCGAAAGUACAAGAAAUAGUCAUUAACAAUACAAAGACUGCAAAAAUAAGUCCGAUCAAAUCGAACGGUUUGAAGAACGUCAGGAGAAAGAAGGGCGUGUCGCUACUGAAGCCAGAGGUCCAGAGUUUGUUAAGGAAUGAGAGCAAAAACCGGGAGUACGCGCAUAUAGAAAACGACCACUGCUAUUUAGGUUCCAAUUGGAGGAAAUCCGUGAGUUUUUGUGAAACGCAAAUGUUGAAGAACCAGCGGCUUUUCGAGGAAGUGGUUGUGAAGGAGGAGACGUCGUUAUACGAUUGGCUGUGCAGGGCGGUAGUUCGCUUGACCGACGUGCGGAUGGCGGUCGGGUAUCUGUUGAAGAAGAUACCCCUCAUAAGUGAGGAGGCGAGGGACCCUGACUUCCUGAAGUGUUUCCCGUUUGUAGUCGAGGACGAAAAAAAGUAUUGGAAGUUAGAUUUUGCUAAACGGAGAAAUAUUGAGUGGUCAAGAGCGAAGCUUAUAAACAAAAUGCUGACGGAGCAUCUACCCACAACGGAACAGAUCUGGCGGACGAAGCAGAUCCUGGUGUACUCGCGGCUGCACGGCUACUACGAGCUGCGGCCGGAGGCAGCCGCGCCCGCGCCCGAGACCGACGAGUGGUCCUCCUGGAACGACCUCGAGCAUUCCAGGAAGAUGGAGUCCAACAUCCGCGAGAUAUACCCGAACGCAUCCGAUAUAUCCAGCCUUAGUGUGUUUAAUAGUGAAUUGUUUGAAAGUGGACUGUCAGAGUCGAUGGAGGUGACGGACUCGGAUGAAGAGGUGGACGUAGUGAAGUGUGAGCGGUCAGUGACGGUUAAAAGGGAGCCGCCCUCGGACGGGGACAGUGGACUGACAGUGUUACCUGUGGAGGACGAGGAGGACAGACUCAAGUUUAUGUUUAUAGAAAGGAAGUGCGCCGACAUAGGUAUUGAAUUGAGGAACGAAGAUGUGGGAAAUGGAUAUUCAUAUAGCGCUGUGCACGCGGCGCUGUGCGCGGCGACGCGGUGCUUCGCGGACGAGCUGCUGCGGUCGUCGCUGGCGCGCCCCCCGCGCCCCCCGCGCCGCCGCCCCGGGGACCCUGCCGCCCGUCUGGACCGGAUGGGGCGGCGGCGGCGCGUCGCCGGGGCUGGAGCACGUGUGGGCGGCGUGCGGCGCGGCGCGGCGCCGCCUCGCCGUGCUCGCCGCUACACACCGCGCCGCACGGUCGCAUCGUCCGCAUCGUCCGCAUCCGCUGUAAUACACCGCCUCCACACGCUGUGCGCUCUUUCAUUUACACCUCCCUGUCUAACCUACCUACCUACCUACCUACCUACCUAUAUAUACAUAGCCGUACACCGCGGCUUCGCUCCUGACCGUGUCACGGUGUUGAAUAACAUAUAACCUUCAAGAGUUGUCAAAUACGGUUAAAAUCUUCAAAUCCAAUAUGCACUAUUUUAUAAUUGUGAAUAUUCGAGUAAUUCUAAAGAUAGCAGCUGGAGGCGCGUGUCCACUGUUGCUGACGCGCUGAACAUGACACUCGACGUCCGUAUUUUUUUUUUCAACAAA